GAAGUGAGUCAAUUCAAUAAAAUCACAGACUAGACAACAAGGAUUAAAGAAUCAUUACCUUGAAUAGAUAAUUAUGUGAUAACAUCUUUAAAUUCCAUAUACAGGGUGACCAAUUAUGCACAAUAUCACCUUGGAAGAUGCUUCUACAUAAUGUACAAAAAGCCUUGAAAAGAUUAAAUCACUCAAACAACUUAAAAACUCAAUUGGGGAAAAGAGUGAUAAGAAUAUAGGUAACAUUUAUUAAUAUACUAAUAUCAAAUCAGAUUAGCGAUAAUUCUAAAGAGAUACAUAAUAAGUAAUUGACAAAUGAUUUUUCUUACACUUAAAAAAUCUCUGACGUAAAACUCGAGCACCUCAUCUGAUCCUUAUAUAAAAGUACCAAAGUCAAAUCGCAAUGAAAAUCCUGAUUGCCUUAAUGGCGGCAGUGGCUUUAAGCCAGGCCGAAAAACUCCGGUACGACAACCACACGUUGUACCGCAUAGUACCGAGAACCGCUAAAAUGUUUGAGGCCCUCAAAACCAUGGAAGAACAAGCGUUCGCUUCGGGCUACACUUUUUUCAGUGAAGUUGGCAGCGUGAACGUCCCUGUAGACAUUUUGGUACCACCCAAACAAGCCGAAGAAUUCAAAAGGGUUACCGAACACCCCGACAUUGAAAGUACGCUACUCAACGAAAACAUCCAAGAGGCUAUUGACAAUGAAGGUUUCAGACCAGAAUCUAGAGCUGGCGGUUUUGGUUGGACCAACUACCAUACUUUGGAUGAAAUCAAUGAUUGGUUGAAGGAUUUGGCUUUUAAUUAUGACGAUAAAGUGCAACUUUUGGUUGGAGGUACUACUAGUCAAGGACGUGACAUUUUAGGUGUUAAGAUUCAUAUUCCAUCUAAUGAACCUAAAAAAGCUGUUUUUAUUGAGGCAAACAUUCAUGCAAGAGAAUGGGUUACAUCUGCUACUGCUACAUACAUAUUAAAUGAGCUUCUUGUAAGUCAAGACUGGGAAGUUCGUCAACUGGUUGAAUUGUACGAUUGGUACAUUUUCCCUGUAACCAAUCCUGAUGGUUUUGUACAUUCUCACAACAGUAACCGUAUGUGGAGGAAAACUCGUACCAGGUACUCGACUCUUUGCUUUGGAGCUGAUCCCAACCGUAAUUGGCCUUACCAAUGGAUGCAAGGCGGUGCCUCCAAUCAACCUUGUUCUGAUACCUACGCCGGACCAAAUGCUCUUUCUGAAGCUUGUACCGAUAGUUUGUCUCAGUUUAUCGAUUCCAUCGGCGAUGAUCUUAUCGCUUACAUAAGUUUUCACUCUUAUUCUCAAAUGUUGUUGUUGCCUUACGGACAUACAACUUCUCAUUUAAGCAACUACAAAGAAAUGUAUGACAUUGGUGUCCAAGCUGUUAGAGAGUUGGAAGCCAAAUACGGUACUCGUUAUGUUGUUGGAAACAUUGCUGAAACCAUCUAUGUUGCUACCGGUGGCAGUAUGGAUUGGGUGAAACACAAAUUUGGAACUCCAAUCGCCUAUACUUACGAGCUACGUGAUACUGGAACUAAUGGAUUCUUGUUGCCCGCCAAUCAGAUCAUUCCUACAGCUGAUGAGACUUUGAUUUCAAUAAAGUCUAUUUUCAGACAGUACAGAGAAAGACAUUCUGACCCAUAAGAUGUUUUUUACCAGGUUAUUGUGUAAUAAAGAGUUGCAAAUCAUUAAAGACUUUAAUUUACAUAUAAAUUCAAUUUAUUUAAGAAUCAGACUUUUGAUGGUAUAGGUUGUCCGAUAGGUCUCUUUUCCAACCAAGCCUUAAUUUCCGGCAACCCGUUGAUUUUAUUGACGAAAGCGUUUAGAGCCGGAAACGGUUUCAGAGAUCCCGGAAAUCUUUCUUCUAAAGCCGUAAGAUUUUCCCCUAAAAAUAAAUCGCCCCACGUCACUUCCGACCCGACCAAAAAUCCUGCCGGAUUGGAGGCGGCGAUUUUUUCGAAUUUUUCCAAGUAGAAAGGCAAAUGCUUUUCCAACAGUUCUUUUUUCAGUUCCAGCUUUUUCUCUUCGGAUUGAGCGUAAAAAAUUGGAGUCACAU